GGAGAAGAAGAAGACGCAUACGGAUUAGACGCGCGUGGAGUGACUGUUCCGUGAAGCCGUAGUGCGCUAAAGACUUGAUCCGUCAAUGGCAGGGGCACAGCCAGGAGUCCACGCGCUACAGCUCAAACCGGUGUCCGUGCCCGAGUGUCUAAAACGGGGCAACAAAUUUAUGAAAUGGGACGAUGAUUCGACUACUGUGACCCCGGUGACCUUAACUGUUGACCCCAAAGGAUACUUCCUGUACUGGACUGAUCAGAACAAGGACACUGACCUGCUCGAUAUCGCCUACAUUAAAGAUGCACGCAACGGAAAGUGCACCAAGACUCCAAAGGAGGCGAAGUUGCGCGAGCUGUUGGACGUCAGCACGAUGGCGGGGAAGAUGGAGAACCGCAUGCUGACGGUGGUGAGCGGCCCGGACAUGGUCAACAUCACAUACCUGAACUUCAUGGCCUUCCAGGAGGAGAUCGCCAAGGAAUGGGCGGAGGAGCUGUUCAAACUGGCGUCUAACCUACUGGUGCAGAACAUGUCCAGAGAAGACUGUCUGGAGAAGGCAUACACAAGACUGAAGCUGCAGCUCAACGCCGAAGGCAAGAUCCCUGUCAAGAAUAUCUUCCGGAUGUUCACGGCAGAUCGCAAAAGAGUGGAAACUGCGCUGGAAAACUGCAACCUCCCAUCUGGAAGAAGCGACUCUAUUCCACAAGAGGACUUCACUCCAGAGGUCUACACACAGUUCCUCAGUAACAUCUGCCCUCGAUCAGAACUGGACCACAUCUUCUCUGAUGUGGGAGCGAAGAGCAGGCCGUACCUCACCGUGGAGCAGAUGACGGAGUUCAUAAACAGUAAACAGAGGGACCCCCGACUCAAUGAGAUCCUGUACCCCCCACUGAAGCCCGAGCAGGUGCAGCUCCUCAUCGACAAAUAUGAGCCGAGCGCAGAGCUCGCCCAGAAAGGUCACAUUUCGGUGGAGGGCUUCUCACGGUACCUGAGCGCAGAAGAGAACAGCAUCAUCCCUCCCGAAAAACUGGACCAGAGCGAAGACAUGACCUACCCCCUGUCCCACUACUUCAUCAACUCCUCCCACAACACCUACCUCACAGCCGGUCAGCUGGCGGGGAACUCUUCAGUGGAGAUGUAUAAGCAGGUGUUGCUGUCCGGAUGCCGCUGUAUCGAGCUGGACUGUUGGAAGGGACGGACCACGGAGGAGGAGCCCGUCAUCACACAUGGGUUUACUAUGACCACUGAGAUCUCCUUCAAGGAAGUGAUUGAGGCCAUUUCGGAGUGCGCUUUCAAGACUUCUCCCUUUCCCAUCAUCUUGUCUUUUGAAAACCACGUCGAUUCACCAAAGCAGCAGGCCAAAAUGGCGGAGUACUGCCGGUCGAUAUUCGGAGACGCAUUACUGACCGAUCCCCUGGAGAAAUAUCCCUUGGAGUCCGGCGUUCCUCUGCCCAGUCCCUUCGAGCUCAUGGGGAAAAUCCUGAUCAAGAACAAGAAGAAGCACCACAAGAAGGACAGCACCAAGAAGAAACUGUCCGAGCAGGUGUCCAACACGUGCAGCGACUCGUCCAGCGUGUGUGAGCCCUCCUCUCCCAGCGCAGGUGAAGUGGAGGCAGAGAGCGAGGAUGAAGACGACGACGAUGAUGACUGUAAAAAAGGAUCCAUGGACGAGGGCACUGCUGGUAGUGAGGCCUUUGCUACAGAAGAAAUGUCCAACCUGGUGAUCUACAUCCAGCCAGUCAAGUUCAACAGCUUUGAGGCUUCCAAAAAGAUAAAUCGAAGUUUCCAGAUGUCUUCCUUCGUAGAAACAAAAGCUCUGGAACAGCUCACCAAGUCCCCUGUGGAGUUUGUGGAAUACAACAAGUCUCAGCUGAGCAGGAUCUACCCCAAAGGCACCAGAGUGGACUCCUCCAACUACAACCCGCAGCUCUUCUGGAACGCAGGCUGUCAACUGGUGGCUCUCAACUUCCAGACGAUUGAUCUGUCCAUGCAGCUGAACCUGGGCAUGUACGAGUACAACGGGAAAUGUGGAUAUCGACUCAAACCAGAGUUUAUGAGACGACCAGACAAGAACUUUGACCCCUUCACCGAGAACACCGUGGACGGGAUAGUCGCCAAUACUUUAUCUGUCAAGAUCAUAUCGGGGCAGUUCUUGUCAGAUAAAAAAGUUGGUACAUAUGUGGAGAUUGACAUGUUCGGCCUCCCGGUGGACACCAAGAGAAAAGCGUUCAAAACCAAGACGUCCCAGGGCAACGCCAUCAACCCAGUGUGGGAGGAGGAGGCCAUCGUGUUCAAGAAGGUGGUGCUGCCCACUCUGGCCUCACUGAGAAUAGCAGUGUUUGAAGAAGGAGGAAAGUUCAUAGGUCAUCGCAUCAUCCCUGUAUCCUCCAUCCGUCCAGGGUACCGCUACAUCAGUCUGAGGAACGAGAAGAACCAGUCUCUGACGCUGCCCGCUCUCUUCGUCUAUGUGGAGGUCAAGGACUAUGUGCCGGACACUUUUGCAGAUGUGAUCGAGGCUCUGUCCAAUCCGAUUCGCUACGUCAACCUGAUGGAGCAGAGAGCCAAUCAGCUCGCAGCUCUGACGCUGGAGGAGGGAGGGGAGGAGGAGGGAGACAAGGAUGUGGAGGCGGGCAGUGACGCUCCCUGUGAGUCGAAGGUGGACUCUCGGGUUUCGUUACCCGCAGAGAACGGUCUGAGCCACACGCCCAUCAUCGCCCCCAAACCUCCGUCACUGGGAGGGCACCAGCCACAGCCUGCAGGCUCUUUGAAGCCCGCUGUGAAGACUGAAGACAUCAUCCAGAGCGUCCUUACAGAGUUGGAGGCUCAGAGUCUGGAGGAGCUCAAGCAGCAGAAGGCGUUCGUCCGUGAGCAGAGGAAACAGUACAAAGAGAUGAAGGAACUGGUCCGAAAACACCACCGAAAAACCACUGAGCUCAUCAAGGAACACUCAGCUCGAGUUUCAGAGCUGCAGAGCCAACAGCAGAGGAGGAGGUCUGCCCUGCUCAAGAGCCACAAGAGAGAAGGCAAGAAGAGGUAAGAAAAACAAAAGGGAGGGCAGUCUCUGUCGACGCUGGACCAGGAGCUGUCAGACCUGGAGCAGGAGUGUCACCAGAGACUGAGCGAACUCAAGGAGCAACAACAGCAACAGCUGCUCACACUGAGACAGGAGCAGUACUACAGCGAGAAGUACCAGAAGAGAGAGCACAUCAAGCAGCUGGUGGAGAAGCUGAACACCAUCGCAGAGGAAUGUCAGAACGCACAACUCAAGAAGAUACGAGACCUGUGUGAAAAAGAGAAGAAAGAACUCAAGAAAAAGAUGGACAAGAAGAGACAAGAAAAGAUCAACGAAGCCAAAACUAAAGACAAAAACGUCACUGAAGAAGAGAAGCUGGAGAUCAACCGGUCUUUUGUGAACGAAGUGGUGCAGUAUAUUAAAAGGUUGGAGGACGCCCAGAGUAAGAGACACGAGAGACUACUGGAGAAACACAAGGACAUAAGACAGCAGAUUCUGGACGAGAGGCCAAAGCUGCAGAGUGAUCUGGAUCAAGAAUACCAGGACAAGUUUCGGCGGUUGCCCGUGGAGAUCCAGGAGUUUGUUCAGGACAGCGGUAAAACCAAGUUCUGCGAUGACGCCAAACUCCCCUCCUCUUCCUCCACGUCGGAAAAACUCACCCACAAAAUGUCACAAUCCGAAGACGACACCGAAGAGGGCUCCACGGAAAAGGUCUACGACACGCCCCUUUAAGAGACUUGGUUUACGGACUGUACGGGGAUAAAUAAUUGGGACUGCUGGAUUUUAUUUGGACGGUGCUAUUUCUAACCGAGGAGAAGGAUUGGUGAUUGGUGAUUGGGUGAGUAGAGGCCCACCGAACCUUGUAAAUACUACUUUUUGUGUACUUGUAUGUCCCUUAAAGUGCAUAUGACAGGUUAGACUACUCAUUAAUUUCACUAUUUCUAACACAUUAUAUUAGAGAAGAUACUACUACUACUGCAAAUCUUGCCUAGUAUUUUUAUUUUUUUUUAUUUUAUUUUGGUGAAGUUUAUCAUUCGACUUCUUGGUUGGACAUGGACUGUAGAUGUGGUAGAGAUGAUUCGAUAACUGUUACUGCAACCAUAAUGUCAACAAGGGCCAAAACGUUUUAGCUGUUACCAUAGACUGUAAAUGAACAUAGCUAAACCACCAGCCGUCGAGUUCCAAACAGGAAAUAGUGAACAUGGAUGUGCUUCUGGCUCCAUCGACUAUGGCACCAAUUGACUUUACACUGAAAAACUGUCACCCCUCUCUGUAACCGCUGCAGUGAGUCUUGCCAUUUUACCGUAUUUUCCGGACUAUAAGUCGCUCCGGAGUAUAAGUUACACCAACCAAAAAAUUUGUAAUGAAUCACAAAAUCACUAAAUCUAAAAACUGAAUUCUUCAUCCUCGGUGUCACUUCUGAGCAACUUCACAACCUCUGGAGGUAAACAGAGUGCCACUUCCUCUUCUGUGUAGCUGUCGUCAGAUUCAGCAUCAGUUCUAGUUAGAAUUUGUUGAUCUAGGAAAGUUACGUUGCGCACCCUCCUGGUGACACAAGUUUCUCGCGCACUCCAAGCUUUCUUUCUGCUGCUUGAUUACCAUUUUCUGCUGCAGAUUUCACUACUCGCAGUUUGUAAUCUGCAGAAUAUGAUUUUUUUUUUAGGGCAUUUGUGUUCAGUCUCCUCAGUCGUCUUUAUAAGUUUGUUUAAAUUUACAGAAGUAAUGGUGCGAUCGACUGACAUGGUACAGACAGGUACAGAGGCUCUUUCUGCAGGAGACAUGCGCAGUAGAACCAAGUGACAAUGGUACAGGAGGAAUAGGAGUAGCAGAUACUGACACACACAAGACUAGAGUUUAUCGCCGCUUCAGUGUGAAAAUUUGAAUACAUAAGCAUAUAGUAUAAGUCACAGGAAACACCCAAACCAUGAAAAAAUAGUAUGACUUAUAGUCUGAACAAUACGGUAGUCUUAAAAUGUUUAUAUUAACCCGCUCUACAUGAUCCUGGUGUUUUAUUUUGCUAUUUUGUCUGUUAACAUGUAAAUUCUUAUUCCUAAAAUUGAACUGACUCCAAUUUGCUCCUGUAACUGCUUGCCUGGUGAGCUUCAUUUGACUGGAGCCUGACUCUAUGGAUGACAACACCUUUAUUUUAUUAAAUGAAGGUUUAAAAAGUAGUUCUGUAUAUACAUAGAUAUUCUGUUGUAAAACUGACUGCUACUUCUUGUAUUUUUGUACUUUUCUUCUCUACUUUUUUUCCACACAAUCUGCCACUUGACUAUGAUAAAUAUUCACCACAGAUUCUCACCCACCAAACCAAGCAGUAAGUGUAAAACCAUGCAGACCUGUCAUAUGCACUGAAUUCAAUGUUGUUGUCACAGGAUAUGUUACGAAGCACUAACUGUUUUGCAGGAAUUUUAUUUUACUUGAAGUAUUGUUGCACAGAAGGCUAGUUAUAGUUUUGAUCAUAUUCAUUUGAUAUGGUUUUCUUAAGGUUAGUGCUGGUCAUGUGGUCAGUAUGGUGGUGCCAAGGUUCAAAGUUACCACUGCAUUUUAGCCUAAAGCUUCCAUGUUUGAGUAAAGAGGAACAUAUGAGUCAGACCUGGUCCAGUUUAAUGGUUAUGGAACAGAAAUACAUGAAAACUUUAAAUAUCACAUUCACUUUGGUAGAGUAGUUGGCAUUUUGACUUAGUUCUUCUAUCCAGUGAUAAACAAUAGGUGCACUGUGUAACUUUUCUUGUUGGGAGUGGGAAGUUAUAGCUUUGCCUGGAAUGUUUCACAGUAUGGCAUUAAAAAAGUAUCUAUCUUGCACCUGCUCAAUUUCAGGUGGUUUAAAUUGUAAUGUGUUAUUAAUGAGACGGGGCUGCCUCUCUACAGAUCUGACCUGUAACUUGUGGUGUUUUCAUGGCGAUAAAUUAGAUCAAUGCCGUACUGCGGAACAUUUCAGACAAAGCAAUGACGUCUUCGUGGAGAGUAAGUAAACAUGCCAUCCGAAAAUUACAUAGUGCACCUUUAAAAUGGACGAAAUAAAAUUAUUAAUUCAUUAUUAUUCAUUAUUUAUUAUUUUUUAUUUAAACCUGUGGUCAUAAGUUCUGGGUAAUGAUUGAAAGGACGAGCUUGCGGAUACAAGCAGACAAAAUGAGUUUUCUCCGCAGGGUGGCUGGGUGCUCCCUUAGAGAUAGGGUGAGGAGCUCAGUCACACGGGAGGAGCUCGGAGUAGAGCCGCUGCUCCUCCAUGUCGAGAGGAGCCAGUUGAGGUGGCUCAGGCAACUAUUCCGAAUGCCUCCUGGGAGCUUCCCUUGGGAGGUGUUCCAGGCAUGUCACACCGGGAAGAGGCCCCAGGGAAGACCCAGGACACACUGGAGGGACUAUGUCUCUGGGCUGGCCUGGGAACGCCUCAGGGUCCCCCCGGAGGAACUGGAGGACGUGUCUGGGGUGGAGGAAGUCUGGGAGUCCCUGCUUAGACUGCUGCCCCCGCGGACCCGGCCCCGGAUAAGUGGAAGAAAUGACUUAUGACUUAUGACUUCUUACUUUAAAAAAAAAAAAAAAUGUAGGGAUGCACCAAUACCAAAACUUGUAUCGAAUAUCAGCAACAAUACUGAAAAAUUUGCCAGAUCGGGUAUUCAUAAUAUGAGUCGAUAUCCUGAUUCGGCCUUUAAUUGGAGGCAAUACGACUAUUUACUGGAUGAUUUUGACCUAAAACAUCUCAAAACUAACAUAAUAUUUGAACUUUUAUUCAUAUGAAGCAAUUCUGUCAUUUCUGUGAAGGAUAAAAGAACAGUUACGUAACAUAAUUGGAUUUCUUGUGUAAUAAGUUAACUACGUUUUAAGGAAUUAAGUGCCAUUUUCUUUCCCUGCACUAUCUGGUAUCGGCAAGUACUAUAUUACUAAAAAGACAGUAUCGAUAUUGGUAAAAGAUCUGACAAAGCUGGAUUGGUGCAUCCCUACUUUCAAUCAAUCAAAUUAAAUAUCUUAAAUCUCGGCAAACUACUUCCACGGAAAACUAAAAACGUCUCUUCAGAUCUUCUUAAAUCAAAGAGUGCCGUAAUUACUUCUGACGCAUGAUGUAGUUACAAAUUACCAAAUUAAUAGAUCCAAAAUACAUGGAAUUCUAAGUAACAUUUGUGUUUUCCAAGUAUAUUUUUCUUCCAUGACCUGUAAGCUGAACCCUGGUCUGACGCUGUUGUAUUUGCACUGAAGGCUCACUGUAUCUCUGUGUAUCUUUAUUUGAACCUGAGGCACCGGUGGCUUCCUGGUUUCCAUGUUUUUGUCACAGACUAAGCCCAUGCGUUGCUGCUAAUAUGUUUUUAAUAUUACUACAUUAUUGUUUUGAAUAGUUUGUAUCAUACGUUGGCAUGACGAUAAUAUGAUGCACUGUUGUCAUUUCAAUACUUUGGCUGUUUCUUACUAGUUUUGGUGACACUUUAUACUCACUGCUUUUUAAUUAACCGUAAUAAAACAUGAACUAAGACUUAAUUCAUAAUGUACAAAAGGUUUAUUAACAAUGAUUCAUGUUUAGUAACUCCUUAAAGAUGCACUAUGUAACUUUUCUUGUUUGGAUGUGCUACCGGUUGGUUUCCAUGGAGAUAUUUUUGCUUUCCAUGGCAAGUUCAAACUUAUCUAUAUUCUAUUUGAUCAAUUACAGAUAUUUUAUUACUCUAAAAGAUCUUGAACCGCAGAUCUCACCAGUAAUUUGGGUUGGUAGCGUCAUCUGCUUGUUUUCAUGGUAAUCUGUUUAAUGGCAUACUGUGGAACAUUCCAGGCAAUCCAAUAACGUCCUCUUGAACAAUUUGGAAAUUAUGGUAAAAUUCCAGCCAAAUUAUAACCAUGCGAUUUUGAUUCAAUUGCGAUGUUGAUUCAGUUGCGAUUUUGAUUCAAUUGCGAAUUUUGAUUCAAUUGCGAUUUUGAUUCAAUUGCGAUUUUGAUUCAAUUGCAAUUUUGAUUCAAUUGCGAUUUUGAUUCAAUU